CAUUCCGCAUUUCGCGCUCUGUGUUUCGCGUGAGGUUGUGUCCUGGCUGCUAGGUCACACAACUCAUGAUUAAUUAUUAUUUAGACUAAUUUUUUUAAAAAAACAUAAAAAUACAAAAAAAAUUCAAAAUAUAAUUAAAAUAACAAAAAAAUAGUGCGUGUAAGUUCGUUUAAGGGGAGAGAAUAUUCCAAGUUCGUGCGUGUGUUUCCGUUGUGCAACGUGGUCGGGGCAUCCAUUUUCCCUACAUCGGAAGUGAAAAUAGGCUUCUGAUUCUUGCCAAUUGCCCUUUUCUUCUUUUAAUCUUUAACGCCACUCACAAAAAAGCAAGAUGAAUUCCGGUCCUGGAGGUCCUAACUACCCGAUGGCGUCGCUUUACGUCGGCGACCUUCAUCAAGAUGUCACAGAGGCCAUGCUCUUUGAAAAAUUCUCCACUGCAGGACCUGUCCUGUCAAUUCGAGUCUGCAGAGACAUGAUCACCCGCCGAUCCUUGGGUUAUGCCUACGUUAACUUCCAGCAACCUGCUGAUGCUGAACGAGCUCUUGACACAAUGAACUUUGAUGCCUUGAAAGGACGCCCUAUUCGUAUCAUGUGGUCCCAACGUGAUCCCUCUUUGAGGAAAUCUGGUGUUGGAAACGUCUUCAUUAAGAACCUUGACAAAAGUAUUGACAACAAAGCCAUGUAUGACACAUUCUCUGCCUUCGGUAACAUUCUCAGUUGUAAGGUUGCUCAAGAUGACACUGGCGCUUCCAAAGGAUAUGGUUUUGUGCACUUUGAAACAGAAGAAGCAGCGAACAAGUCCAUUGACAAAGUCAACGGCAUGUUGUUGAACGGCAAAAAGGUAUUCGUAGGCAGAUUCAUUCCUCACAAGGAACGUGAGAAGGAACUUGGUGAGAAGGCUAAACUCUUUACCAACGUAUACGUCAAAAACUUCCCAGAAGAUUUCACAGAUGAGUUGUUGAAACAAAUGUUUGAAAAGUACGGAAAAAUAACAAGCCACAAAGUCAUGUUCAAAGAUGAUGGCAAAUCUCGUGGAUUUGGUUUUGUUGCCUUUGAUGAGCCUGGUGCCGCUGAACGAGCAGUCAAAGAAUUGAAUGGCAAAGAAAUGUUUGAAAAUGGCAAGCCAUUAUAUGUAGGCCGUGCUCAGAAGAAAGCAGAGCGUCAACAGGAAUUGAAACGCAAAUUUGAACAACUCAAGAUCGAACGAUUGAGCAGAUACCAAGGAGUCAACUUAUACGUCAAGAACCUUGAUGACACCAUUGAUGAUGAACGCUUGCGCAAAGAAUUCAAUAUGUUUGGAACCAUUACUAGCGCCAAGGUUAUGAUGGAAGAAGGCCGAAGCAAAGGAUUUGGAUUUGUCUGUUUCUCAUCACCUGAGGAAGCAACCAAAGCUGUCACUGACAUGAACGGAAGAAUUGUUGGCACCAAACCUCUGUACGUUGCUUUAGCCCAAAGAAAAGAAGAUCGCAAAGCCCAUCUUGCCUCACAGUACAUGCAACGUAUUGCUAACAUGAGAAUGCAACAAAUUGGUCCGCUCUUCCAACCAAGCAGCAAUGGUUACUUCGUACCCACCAUGCAGCAACCUCCUCGCUUCUAUGGCCCAACCCAGAUGACGCAAAUUAGACCUCAGCCACGUUGGUCGGCACAGCCACAAGUUCGCCCCAAUGCUCAAUCUUCGCCAGGUUUCGCAAACAUGCAAGCUCCAUUCCGAUCAGCAGCAGCUCGGCCAGCCACCGCUCAACCAGCCGCAAUCCGUAAUCCAAUGGCAGCCCGACCGAUCACAGGUCAACAGACCACCAUGGUCACUGCUCGCACUGGACCACCACCCGUCUCAGUGUCCGCCCAGGCUCGCACAUCAGGAUACAAAUACACCUCAAACGUGCGCAAUCCAUCACAGCAAAUGCCAGUUCAACAACAACAAGUGCAACAGGCUGUCCUCAUCCAAGGUCAAGAGCCGCUCACAUCAUCCAUGUUGGCGUCUGCCAAUGAUUCUGACCAGAAACAAAUGUUGGGUGAAAGGUUGUUCCCUCUUAUUCAGCGCAUGUAUCCUGAAUUGGCUGGUAAGAUCACUGGUAUGUUGUUGGAAAUUGAGAAUGCUGAAUUACUUCACAUGUUGGUGGACAAUGAAUCUCUCAAAUCCAAGGUCGAAGAGGCAGUGGCUGUAUUGCAAGCCCAUCAAGCCAAGCAAGCAGCUCAAGUUAAGAAGGAGUAAGGUGGAUUUUAACGUCAAACGAGCUCCUGAGCAACUCUUUCUCAUCAGUUUACUGCUAGCUUGAGUUUGAAGAAAAAAAAAUAUAAUGAAAAAGUAAGGAAAAAAAUAGUAAAACAAAAACAAAAUCCAAAAAAAGAGAAAAAAAAAAUAUUGAAGAAAGAUUAAUGAUUGUCUUUGAUAGGAUUUAUGCUUGAAUAUUCCUCCCUAACAUCCAACGAAGGAGCUGUCAGUAUAUUCUUCAAAUGCAGUUGUGGAAGGAUGAAGUUUUAUUAUAAUUAUAUUUUAAUUAUAGAUUAACUUCGAGCAAAUGUCCUUUCCAUUGCUGUAUCUUGAAUUACUUAGCAGAGAUUUUUUUUUCUUUUUUUGUACUUAGGCAUAAUGAAUACAAUUAAACACAAAAAAAAAAAACUGAUGAAAAAGUUUUAAAAAAAAAUUUAAAAAAUUAUAAAGUAAGAAAAAAACAGAAAAAUUUAAAAUGAAAAAAAAAGGAAAAAUGGACAAAAGAUGAAGAAAAAAAAGAAACUUUAUUUUUCCCCCUCUUACGAAGUUUACUCUGGGUUUUCCCCUCUAUUUUCAGUUUCUUCUUACAUCAUAGCUUUGGUGUCACGAUUAUUCCUCCAUUAGAUUUUUCCCAUAGUAUUUUUACUGAAAUAUUCAUUUUCUUCCUUUUUGCCUUUUCCAAAGUCUACGACUAAUUCCGUUUUUUCUGUCACACUCCGUUAUACGCUGUCCUAUUUUUGUAUCAGUUGAUAGUGUUUAAAAUUUCUAAUCUAUAAGAUCUGCUCAGACCAUUAAAAUGAAAUGGGAAAAAACCAGUAAACUAACAACGUGAAACUUUUUUUAAAAAAAAGUAAAACAAAAAACAUCUCCUGAACCCAGGGAGAUUUUGGGGAUUCCAAAAAUAAAAAUUAAAAAAGAAAAAAAAAAUAGCAAAUUUGUAUAAGAAAAAAAAAUGUCAAAACAGUAGGAUGAUGUGCAUCUUUUUUUACCCUUUUAGUUUAAAGCUCCAUGAAUUUUAAUUUGAUUUUAGAAGAAGGAACCGUCUUUGUUACAAAUUCCUGCAUAUCGAGUCUCAGCUUAACAUUUUUUUUUCUUUUAAGUUUUGAAGUUAAAAGAAAAACAUGAAGGGACUUAUUAUUUGUUUUUGAGAAGUCAAGUACCUAUUUAAAUUCUUAUUUUUGGGGUAUUCUAAACCCAUCUUUCCUGCUCACCAAACCCUGUUUCCUUUUUGUUGCAUUCGAAGACCUCAGAAAUUUUGUACUUUGCUUAAGUUAUUCUUUCGCUGUCUUCGUACCUGUCUGAAUUCCAUGAAAAGAUUACUCUCAGUUCAUUUAUUUACGUGAGCAUUUCGUAUUAUUCCUCUUUAUUGUUUAAUCACUUAUUGAUUUUUUUUUUUCAAAUUUGUCUUUUGUAUUUUUAAACAGUUUUGUUUCUUAUAUAAUGUUAAUCCUUCUCUUAAAUUUAAUGCUGUUUCACAAGGAAUAAAAUCAUUUGAGCAUUAAUA